AUGCGUUUCCCAUGGCUCGUCCUCCUCCUUGUUCUGUUCCUCCACCUCAGCCGCUCCUCCGCCGCACCACCGCCGCGGAUGCCGGAAUACCGUGCCCUACUCUCUAUCAAAGCCGCCAUUACCGAGGACCCGCAGUCGGGCCUGGCGUCGUGGAAGGAAUCCACGGACCACUGCCAGUGGAGUGGCGUCACGUGCGACGCCACGCGCAGGCACGUGACUGCGCUGGACAUCUCCAGCCUCGAUCUCGUCGGGGCCCUCUCCCCGGACGUCGGCCAGCUCCGGUUCCUCGUGAACCUCUCCGUCGCCUCCAAUAGCAUCUCCGGCCCCAUUCCUCCCCAAAUCGCGGACAUCCCCAGCCUUCGCUACCUCAAUCUCUCCAACAAUGUCUUCAACCUUAGCUUCCCGCCGCAGCUUUACCGCCUCAGGAACCUCCAGGUCCUGGAUCUGUAUAACAACAAUCUGACCGGCGCUUUCCCCUCGCAGGCGUAUUUACUCACCAAUCUUACCCACCUCCAUCUCGGCGGCAACUUCUUCAACGGUUCCCUGCCGGCGGAGUUCGGUUCGUUCCCUCACCUCGAGUACCUGGCUGUUUCCGGUAACGAGCUAACCGGAUCCAUACCGCCGGAGAUCGGGAACUUGACUCAGCUCAAGGAGCUUUACAUUGGGUAUUACAAUGCAUUCACCGGCGGAAUCCCCAAGGAGAUUGGGAAAUUGUCCCAGUUGGUGAAAUUCGACGCCGCCAACUGCGGGCUUACUGGUGAGAUCCCGCCGGAGAUAGGGAAUCUGCAGAACCUCGACACUCUUUUUCUCCAGGUAAAUGCACUUUCCGGCGGCCUGGCGUCGGAGAUUGGCUACCUGAAGAGCUUGAGAUCGCUGGAUCUGUCCAACAACAUGUUUUCUGGUGAAAUUCCGCCGUCGUUUGCGGAGCUAAAAAACCUGACCCUCUUAAACCUUUUCAGGAACAAGCUCACCGGCUCUAUCCCUGAUUUUAUCGCCGAGCUGCCGGAGCUACAAGUUCUGCAGUUGUGGGAGAAUAAUUUCACUGGGAUUAUUCCUCCCAACUUGGGAAGUAAUGGGAACCUUCAGGAAGUCGAUGUUAGUUCGAACAAACUGACUGGAAAUUUGCCCCAAAGUAUAUGUAAAGGCAAUCAGCUGCACACAUUAAUCACUCUAGGAAAUUUCCUCAUCGGCCCCAUUCCUGACUCACUGGGUCAAUGCGAGUCACUGAGUCGAAUUCGAAUGGGUGAUAACUAUCUUAACGGCUCCAUUCCAAAAGGGCUCUUAAGUUUGCCUAAACUCACUCAAAUUGAGCUCCAAGAUAAUCUCCUAUCUGGUCCUUUCCCAGAGACCGAUGGAAAGUUCACGAGUCUCGGGCAAAUUACUCUCUCCAACAAUCAACUCACCGGGCCUUUGACGCCGAGCAUUGGGAAUUUUGUUGGUGUUCAGAAGCUCUUGCUCGAUGGAAACAAAUUUUCGGGCCCAAUCCCAGCUAAAAUCGGGAAUCUAAAGCAGCUCUCAAAGAUGGAUUUGAGCCACAACGAGUUCUCGGGCCGCAUUGCCCCGGAGAUCAGUGAAUGUAAGCUGUUGACGUUCGUUGACCUGAGCCGGAACCAGCUGUCCGGUGAAAUCCCAUCAGAGAUCACUGGUAUGAGAAUCUUGAACUACUUGAAUGUGUCUAGAAAUCAUUUGGUGGGUGGCAUUCCCUCAUCCAUAGCUAGCAUGCAGAGUUUAACUUCUGUCGAUUUCUCAUAUAACAAUCUCUCUGGUUUGGUUCCUGGGACUGGCCAGUUUAGCUACUUCAAUUACACUUCUUUUCUGGGCAACCCUGAUCUUUGCGGCCCGUAUUUGGGGUCCUGCAAGGCGGGCAUUUCCGGUGGGCCCAUGAGGCCGCACGAAAAGGGGACUUUCUCCCCCUCCACCAAGCUUCUCCUCGUGAUUGGACUGCUCGUUUGCUCUAUCGUGUUUGCUGUGGCCGCCAUUAUCAAGGCGCGGUCGUUGAAGAAGGCGAGCGAGGCCCGUUCCUGGAAGCUCACGGCCUUCCAACGUUUGGACUUCACUUGCGAUGACAUCUUGGACAGCCUCAAAGAGGACAACAUCAUAGGCAAGGGCGGGGCUGGCAUUGUUUACAAGGGUGUGAUGCCGAAUGGGGAAUUAGUGGCUGUCAAGCGGCUGGCGGCAAUGGGUCGCGGCUCCUCCCACCACGACCACGGCUUUAGUGCCGAGAUACAGACUCUAGGGAGGAUCAGGCACAGACACAUUGUUCGUUUACUGGGGUUCUGUUCGAAUCAUGAGACAAACCUUCUGGUUUAUGAGUACAUGCCCAACGGGAGCCUGGGGGAGAUGCUCCAUGGCAAGAAAGGUGGCCACUUGCAUUGGGACACACGGUACAAGAUAGCAGUGGAGGCCGCCAAGGGCCUCUGCUAUCUGCAUCACGACUGCUCGCCUUUGAUCGUCCACCGUGAUGUCAAGUCGAAUAACAUACUUCUGGAUUCAGGCUUCGAAGCCCAUGUUGCUGAUUUUGGGUUGGCCAAGUUCUUGCAGGAUUCUGGGACGUCCGAAUGUAUGUCAGCCAUUGCUGGUUCUUAUGGCUACAUUGCUCCCGAAUACGCCUACACACUUAGGGUGGACGAAAAGAGUGACGUGUACAGCUUUGGGGUCGUUCUCUUGGAACUCGUCACGGGUCGAAAGCCUGUUGGUGAGUUCGGUGACGGUGUGGACAUAGUCCAGUGGGUCCGGAGAAUGACGGAUGGGGCCACCGAAGGCGUGAUCAAGAUCCUCGACCCGAGGCUCUCGACUGUCCCACUCCAUGAGGUGAUGCAUGUCUUUUAUGUGGCGAUGCUCUGUGUGGAGGAGCAGGCGGUUGAGCGGCCCACCAUGCGUGAGGUGGUGCAGAUACUGACAGAGCUUCCCAAGCCGCCCGGUGCAAAACCAGGAGACUUAAAGGAUUCGGAUUCGACGCAACCGAAAUCGGGUUUGGAGUCUCCUCAAUCACCGGUUGUGCCAGAUCUCCUCAGCAUUUGA